GUUCACAAGGAGAUGUCGUAAUAAUGGUGUUAAGAGCGUUGGUUUCUGUAUACUGUGCGGUUUCUCUCGUCAAUGUUCAGUCAGCUGAUGCUCUACUGCCAGUAUCACCAACUUUGUCACCUUCAACUUCACUAGGUAUCCUUGACCUGCCCCUACCAGCUGAGUUUCACAGAAAGCAUUUGGCACCACAAGAGUCAGAAGCACCUCGGCAUCCUCCCCGCUAUAGUCGUUUGGUCGCUUCUGUUCACCCCCCUACCAGUACCGGCUCACAUUUCUCCAAGCCAUCAAUGCAAAGGAGUGCCCAGUCUCCUGGAGCCGGCUUGGUUGAUAUUGCUCCAACACAGUCUAGCAAUGGUGCCCUUCCUGAUGACUUAAUUCAGCCACCUUUGUCUCCCUCCAUUUCAAAUUGUUGCAAACCAGACAUGGUGCUGAAACGAGGAAGUAUUGGUUGCCACUGCGUGUAUCCUAUAAAGCUGGAUAUCCUUCUCGUGAAUGUUUCAGAUACUCCUAGCUGGAAUAUGUUCCUGAAUGAAUUUGCUUCCCAGCUUGGUCUCCUACCUCACCAAAUCGAGCUGAUCAACUUCUAUGUUCUAAGCUUAUCAAGGAUGAACAUUUCAAUGGAUAUCACACCUCAUUCUGGAAUUAGUUUUUCAGCAAGUCAGGCAGCGGCAAUAAACUCUUCGCUUAUCAGCCACAAAAUUCAAUUUAGCACUACUUUGGUGGGAGACUACAAACUUCUAAACCUUACCUGGUUUGAGGCCCCUGCCCCCUCUCAAGCACCUUUAGUGGCUUCUUCACCUCAAAAAGUACCAUCACAAGGAUCAUCGGCCACUACAUCAGUGAGUUCACCCGGAAAAAGGAGGCACCCCAAUCUUAUUCUUAUCUUUGCUGUGGCCGCUGGUGUGCUUAUCGUUGCCAUAAUCUCUGUGCUUAUUAUUUGUUCAUGUGCACUCCGAGAAGAAAAAUCUCCUGACCCUCACAAAGAAGCUGUAAAACCGAGGAACCUGGACCCUGAUUCAGUAGGGGGGUCUCUUCCCCACCCAGCAAGUACACGAUUUCUGUCAUAUGAAGAACUCAAGGAAGCAACUAGCAAUUUCGAAUCUGCCAGCAUUCUAGGGGAAGGUGGGUUUGGCAAGGUGUACAGAGGCAUCUUAGCCGAUGGUACUGCCGUAGCGAUUAAGAAGCUAACAAGUGGAGGACCACAAGGCGAUAGAGAAUUCCAAGUGGAGAUUGAUAUGCUAAGCCGUCUCCAUCAUCGUAACCUUGUAAAACUUGUGGGUUACUAUAGCAGUCGAGAUUCUUCUCAGCACCUACUUUGUUACGAGCUUGUGCCAAAUGGCAGCCUCGAGGCUUGGCUCCAUGGUAAUAUUCUCUCCACUUGCCUUGCUUCCUAUAUUAAGAGCAAGCAGUAUGUGGCGCCUGAAUAUGCAAUGACCGGACACUUACUCGUCAAGAGUGAUGUUUAUAGUUACGGCGUGGUCCUUCUCGAGUUAUUGACCGGUAGAAAACCUGUGGAUAUGUCACAACCUUCAGGCCAAGAAAACCUUGUCACUUGGACAAGGCCAGUUCUUAGAGACAAAGACCGGUUGGAAGAACUAGUUGAUUCAAGACUCGAAGGAAGAUACCCAAAAGAAGAUUUCAUAAGAGUCUGCACAAUCGCUGCCGCUUGCGUGGCUCCUGAAGCUAGCCAAAGACCAACGAUGGGUGAAGUGGUUCAGUCACUUAAAAUGGUUCAACGGGUUGUUGAGUAUCAAGACCCGGUUUCUAACAAAGCUCGUCCUAACCGGAGACAGUCAUCAGCUACGUUCGAGUCAGAAGUAACUUCUUCCAUGUUCUCUUCUGGUCCUUAUUCUGGUCUAAGUGCCUUCGAUCAUGAAAAUAUCACUCGAACAACUGUUUUCUCUGAAGAUCUUCAUGAAGGCCGGGGGGAGAGUUUGGGACAUUAUUACAUGCUCUUUGGGGUU